CCUAGAUUGACAGCCAUAUGUAUUAACUGUCAUCGAUCGGUUCGUAAAAGGAAUAAUCAAAGAAAAAACAGAUUAUCGCUAUCAGUAGGAGAGUUUUUCAUAAAAAUUUGUGCAAUUUAAGGACUUUUACCAACCCCGUCUGCUAUGGCCGCAACGCUCAAACCUUAUCUGACUGCAGUUCGUCACACCCUAACCGCGGCGAUGUGUCUGACUAAUUUCUCCUCCCAGGUGGUGGAACGGCACAACAAGCCAGAGGUAGAGGUUCGCUCCAGCAAGGAGCUGCUACUAACGCCGGUCGUUAUCUCCCGUAACGAGAAAGAACGGGUUUUGAUCGAAACCAGUGUCAACUCGGUCCGGAUCAGCAUCGCCGUCAAGCAGGCUGACGAAAUCGAAAAGAUUCUGUGCCACAAGUUUACCCGCUUCAUGAUGAUGCGGGCGGAAAACUUCAUCGUCCUGCGACGAAAGCCGAUCGAGGGCUACGACAUUAGCUUUCUGAUUACCAACUCCCACACCGAGCAAAUGUACAAGCACAAGCUGGUGGACUUUGUUAUUCACUUCAUGGAGGAAAUCGAUAAGGAAAUCAGCGAAAUGAAGCUAGCGGUCAAUGCACGGGCCCGUAUUUGCUCCGAAGAGUUCUUGAAACGGUUCUAGGUUGAACGACGGUUGGUUGAAUUAUUUUUUUUCGAUUCCAAAAGAAAGCAUUUUUAUUUUUACUGGAGGUCGUGUGGAUGCGGUUGCAGUACUCCCCCGGCAAGUCUUUAUAUAAGGUUGAUACAAACAAUUCAUGAAUAGGCAUGUUAAGAUGAUACAAGUAUUAUAAAAGGAGAUGUAGAAUUUUUCGUUUAUCAAGAGUCCCGAACAAAAGCGAAAGAAACUUGACUUUUUUAUGUGAAAUGCGAAUGUUGUAA